GCUUCUGUUGCAAUCUGGGGAAGAAGUGUCAUCUUUUACAUACUGCAUAUGUUAAAAGAGGCUCCCAAGUAGGAAGUGAAGGUGAUUCGGGGCUAUAGGAAGAAUGGAGACGGCGAUGAACAGGACAAGGAAUGAGGUGACAUACACUCAGAGUAACCCACUGUUUGACAUGUCACUCAGCAGGAGUGAUCUCUACAGCCUUCAGCCUGAUGAUCUGAAGUCAUCCAGGCCCAGGAAACUACGGUGUUUUCAUGUCAUAGUUAUUUACCUCAUCCUGCAGACGGUCCUUAAUGCUUUUCUUCUUUAUAAAGUUUUCACACUGGAGGCUUCACUGGCUCGCCCCAGAUCAGAGGAGCAAACGUCCAAUGAUGGUUCUCAUGGUUAUGAAAGCUUCCAAACUCUCAUACAAAACAACAGUCAACAAACCAAGAACCUGAGACACCACCUAUGGACGCUGGAGAGCCAGCUGGCUGUGCCAGAGCAGACUGAGGUCCAGGCCCAGGGAACCGAGACCCAAGGGCGCCCCACACUCCAGCAGGGGCCCGACAGAGUCAGGGGGGCCAAGCAGCCGCUGAAAGCACCCCUAUGUGAGGAAGGAGACCAUGGAGAUAACGGCCUUCCAGGACCAAAGGGUGAAAGGGGAGACAAAGGAGAACAAGGAGAGCCAGGUCCUAGGGGUCCACCUGGGGAUCAAGGACCAGGUGCAAAGGGAGAGAAAGGUGACCCUGGCAGUGCAGGUCCUACAGGGCCAAGUGGUUACAAUGGAACACAAGGUCUUCCUGGGCCACCAGGUACCAAAGGAGAGAAGGGAGAGAUGGGAACAGAGUGUAAGUGGUCUGGCAAGAUCUGGCUGGACGAGCUGCGGUGCACAGGAGCCGAGGAGAAUAUCUUUGAUUGCCCUCAAGGUCAAAUCGGUGUUAAUGACUGCAACCACAAUGAAGACGCUGGGUUACACUGUCUGUAGACUGACGAUCGCUGCUCUCGUGGAAUCAAGAGCAGCAAAAUGUUUUCAGAAACUCAGUGUUCAGUAUAUAUCACAGGAAUAUUACACAUUUUACUUCACUGUUUUGCUCAAAACUGACUUUAAUGAUUGAGCUUUAAAAACCUGUUAUGAGCUUGUGAUUCAGUACUACACAAAAGCCUGCACAUUAAUGACGUAACAGUAAUUUUCCUUGUAGAUCACUAUAAAAUAUUCCUGA